AUGUUGGAUUCCCAAUCUCCUACACAACUUGCCAGCAAUGACCCUUCCGUCCAACCAUCGAGCUAUCCAUCAAAUCUACCAACCUCUAGCCCUACGAGUGGUCCGACACCAUUGCCCACCUCCUCUCCAACUAGAGCAGGUCCAACCUCGACUCCUACCUCUGGGAUCAUUCCAUUUACGUUUCCUCCUCAGACUACCUACAGCAAAAAAGGUGGCAACGCUAUAGAAGACUCCUGCUUCUACAGCUCUGGUUGUCACUCGCAAUCUUGUCCCAGCUUAGAUCCGGCACUCAUCACAGACUUUACGUAUUACACGAAUUCGCGAGCUGUGCCAAUUGAAGGGUUUGAUAUUGAUACCAAUCCAGUGUGGUACCUGGAGCAAACGCUCGAUGGGUCAGAUUGUGGCAGCAACUCCGGUUCGACAGCAUGCUUCGAUGAUCCCCUCAAGGGCGGUUUCGCCGUGGAUCUGACUUGGAGUAACUUUGUCUUUCACAAGGAUACACGAUUUUAUUCGGAGGGCUUCACAACUAGGUAUAGAGUUGCCGUGGAUGGUACUGUGGCCUUGCAAGAGACGCUGAGCAACCGUCAUAACAGAACAUUGGGAAGCGAUGGCGGUAAGGUCAUGACUGUCAAUGCAGGCGGAUUUUGUGGCUCGGUAAAUGGGUAUAUCAGAUUGACACUUGAGUAG